ACUAAAAUCUAGAAUUCAUAAAUAAAUUUAAAUAACAACAAACCUCAGUAAUUUUGAAGCAAAAACUUUGCCUCACACCAGCCAUUAUUUGCCAUGGGAUAUUUAUGACAUGCCGACGAGUCUCCCACCAAAGUCAGGCCUUCGCCUGCUCUCCGUCCCUGACAUGGCCUGGCCAGUACUCCUGGUGCUCAUCCACCUCAGCGGCACUAUCUCAGCCCUCAGCCUGCCCAACAUGACCUCAGCGGAUGCCGCUGCCGGCGGUGGCUCCAAUUCGCCUGUACUGCUGGCAGGAAAUCCCAGCGUUCUGGGUCCCAGCAACCUUAGCAAUCUGAGCAUGGGAGGUGGACUGGGACCUGGCAGCAAUGUCGGUGGUCAAGCCCAGCCGGAAUCGAGUGGAGGUGUCUCCCUGGGCGGAUCACCGGUUAGUGGGAGUAGCGGCAGCGGCGGAAGCAGUCCCAGCAGCGGCAGUGGCAUCAGUGGCAGCGGCAAUAACUCCGCCUUGACGCAGGCCGGAAAGGAUAAGCAGUAUGACAAGUGCUCGGGUCCCGGGGAUCCUGGUCCUUGCAAGCAAUACAUUUACAAGUGGCGCUACGAGCCGACCACCAACGAAUGCACCAACUUUAUUUGGGGAGGAUGCGAUGGCAAUCCACAGAACAGGUUUAGCACCGAGGCGGAGUGCCUGUUCCAUUGCAUCGGGGGACCACACACUCUGCCCCCAUUCCUGCAGUCCACCACCCGCGAGCCCAGCACCACGGAGAGUUCCCUGCUCCUUGGUUCACCGUACACCCAGAGUCCGGCCCAAUCGGCGGACGGAAUGGGCGGAAUUGAGGGCGGAGACGGAACAACACCGGUGCCCAUUGAGCAGCGCGGACCCGAGCUCACCUUCGCGGAGACGGGCCAGGAAAAAACUUUCAUUUUCGCGAAGAACAACACGUUCAUCCAAAUGGACGGCGACAUCAUACAGACAUUUCAAUUAAGACUUUGCCGUGAGAUUUCAUUUCAAUUCCGCACCCGCCUGCCGCACGGCCUGCUCGUCUAUCACAACGUUAAGAAUCCGGAUCGCAUUAAUUUGGACCCCUAUGCACUCUACGUGAUUGUGGAGAAGGGCCAGCUGAAGGUGGUCCAUGUCUUUGGCAAGCAUUCAACGAGUGUCACUGUGGGCGAGAGUCUGAAUCGAGACGAAUGGCACAGUGUUAUGGUGCGCAUCGAUGUCCAUGGCGCAAGAUUAAUUGCACGCGUCGACAAUAGUCAGGAGGAGGUCUAUCUGAAGGGACUGAAUCACGAGUACAACUACGGCGUCUCCACGAACCUGCCGUCGGUGGUCCUGGUCGGAGGCCUUUCCUCGGAGGAGAAGCUGCACGGUGUGAAAUACAUCACCGAGUCCUUUGUGGGCUGCAUACGAAACGUGGUCCUCAGCUCCGGCAAGGCCGCCUCCGACCUGCUGCCCAUCGCUCCCCUGGUGGCCACCAAGCACGAGAACGUCAACGAGGGCUGCUCCGACAUGUGCGAGUCCCGGCACAACCUCUGUUUCGUGGGAUCGCAUUGCAUCAACCACUAUGGUGGCAUAUCCUGUGAUUGCUUCGGCACCCACUACGAGGGCGAGCACUGCGAUAUAUAUACCGCCACUAUAAUUACGCUGCGUGGAGCCAGCUAUGUGUCCUACAGGAUAUACGACUGGAAGGAUCGUGUGCAUUCCUCCACGCGGCGAAUUAGCCUCAUGUUCCGCACAAACUUCGACGAUUCAGCCCUGUUCUAUGCCAGCGGAGAGUCCCUGAAGCAUCAGUAUAUUGCCGCUGCCAUUAAGAACCAAUCGAUUCAUGUGGAAAUGGACUUUGGUGACAAUGUGAUGAGCACAAUACUGACGGAUGAUUUGACCCGCGGUUACUGGCACAAUCUCACGAUAUUGCAUGAACAGCGAACGGUGAGCAUCAUACUGGAUCAACAGCAGAAGGUCCUGGAACUACCAGCCACGGCCAGUGGGAAUCUGUUGUUUGAUCCGGAGAUAUAUUUCGGCGGAGGACCCGAGCUGCACAAGAAGAAGGGCCUGGCCUCGCACAACAACUUCGUGGGCAGCCUGAAAUAUGUCUAUUACAACGACAUCUCCAUUCUGUACGAGCUGCAGCGGGGCAAUCCCAAGGUGCACUAUCACGGCGUGCUGGAGGCGGAGUUUGUCGAGAACGAAGUGAAUGUCAUACCCAUCACCUAUCCCUUUGCGACAUCACACAUUUGGUGGCCCAUAAAUCACGCCGAAGAAUUUAAUAUUAAAUUCGAUUUCCGCAGCAGUCGGCCAGGCGCGGUGCUGGCCUACAGUGACGUAACGACCAGUGCCGGAAAUGGUUUCUGGGAGAUACGUCUCACGUCGGACAAACUGAGCUUCGAUCUGGUCCCCGAUGUCAACAACAACGUAACCCACUCGACCACCAUCAAAAUCAAUAGGGCCACCUCCUGGCACAGCGUGGAGCUGGACUAUAAGCUGGGCGAGAUCCGGUUUACGGUGGAUUAUCGUCACACCCUCAGCCAGAUGUAUGGACUGACCUUUAACAUUGGCGACAAGCUGAUCAUUGGCAGUAGCCUAAAGUCAGCGGCCAUGGGCCUAGUGGGUUGUAUCCGCGACAUAGAGAUCAAUAAUCACCUGAUCGAACCCAGGCAUGUGGUCAAAACGGAGCGAGUGGUGGGAGAGGUGGCCCUGGACAACUGCAACUAUAUAGAUCCCUGCAAGAGACCCAAUACCUGCGAGCAUGGCGGCAAGUGCUUUGUGAAGGACGAUCGUGUCACAUGCGACUGCAAGCACACAGGUUACAUUGGCAAAAACUGUCAUUUCACAAAGUAUCGAAAGACCUGCGAAGAGCUGGCCCUCCUGGGCUUCACCAAAUCGGAUGUCUACCUCAUCGACAUCGAUGGCAAUGGCGUGUUUCCGCCCGCCCAUGUGAAAUGCGAUUUCCAGAGCCUUGAAAAUGCCACCAAGACAAUUGUGGAGCACAAUCUGCCCAGCCAAGUGGAUGUGCGAUCUGCCAGGGAGACGGAUUUUAGCUUCAACAUUCGCUAUCGAGAGUUCUCGCCGCACAUGCUGCAGGAGCUCAUUUCGCACUCACUGUACUGCACGCAGUAUAUCAAGUACGACUGCUACCGGGCCCAGUUGGAGCUGCACUCGGCCACCUGGUUCACUUCCUCGGCCAAGAAUCUCACCGUCGACUUCCUCGGCAAUGUCAAGAGAGGCGCCUGCCCGUGCUCCGUUAACAAGACGUGCGUGGACCCGAAUCAAUCAUGCAACUGCGACGUGAAGGAGAACAAAUGGAAUUCGGAUGAGGGCUACUACCAGGAUCCGCACAGUUUGGGCAUCACCAACAUGUACUUCCUGCAGCAGAAGGAUCUGGACGAUGAGGCCCAGGGACGCAUCACUCUGGGGCCAUUGGAAUGUGUGGAGACAAACACGCAAAAGUACGUGGUUACCUUUACCACGUCGCAGUCGUAUAUCGAGGUGCCUGGAUGGCGUAAGGGCGACAUCGCCUUCUCGUUCCGUACCACCGGCGAGAAGGCCAUCCUGCUGUUCCAGCCACCGAUCCGCGCCCACUAUCCCUCGUUUAUGGUGGCCCUGACCGGCGACGACCAGCUCACGUUCACCUUCACCCUCAGCACGGGGACCACCCGCGAGCUGGUCAUUAACUCGCACCGCCGGCUCAAUGGCGGCGAGUGGCAUAAAAUAUGGAUCGACUACAACCAGUAUCAUGUGCGCUUCAUGAUAAACACCGAUUACCAGAUGCUCGAUUUGCUGCCCGAGGAGGAGUUCGGACCGUUCGAGGGCAGCAUGUACAUUGGCGGUGCCACAUUCGACCUGCUGAAGAAGCUGUCAGUAAAGGCCGGACUCAUUGGCUGCUUCCGGGGCCUGGUGGUCAACGGGGAGAUCCUGGACAUUUACAGCUACAUGUCGGUGCAUCUGUCGGAGAUUAUCAAGGACUGCAAGCCCUCCUGUGUCCCAUCGCCCUGUCGCAACGGAGCCCAGUGCAAGGAGCUCUGGAGCAGCUUCAAGUGCGUCUGCAACAAUCCCUGGGCUCACAUCGGAGAGUUCUGUGAGACAAACAUUAACGAAAAGGCUCUGACCUUCAUCAACCGUGAGUCCUUCCUGAUGCGAAGCUAUCUGAGUGUGACCGCCACUCCGGCCAUCUUAAUGCACGGCAUCGAGGCCGAACGGGAUGUCCUGAAGGGCAUCCUGCACCAGGAUCUACUGAUUAAUCUGCGAACCUACGAUACGAAUGCUUUGGUCCUUUAUGCCAACGAUCAUUACAACAACUUUGUGCACCUGUACAUCAGCCUGAAUCGGGAGAUAGUAUUUCUGUAUAAUUAUGGCGAUGAAAUUGUAAAUCUUACUCUGCUGGACGAUACCCUGGUGGCCUCACUGAAGAGCAUCCAGGUGGCCAUAGUUCGGGGAGAGCAAGAAACUCGGAUGCAUGUAAAUCAGCGAAGUGUGAGCAUCGAUAGGGGAACCCUGCUCCUAGAUGAAUAUGCCAAUAAGCCAUGGAGUAAUCCGGAAAAGGAGGUUCUCUCGCCACACCGUCCUCCAGCCCCGCCCACCGAGUACUUCCAGCUCCACGUGGGCGGCUAUGAUCCGGCGAAUUUGCUGCGACCGAAUGUGGAUGCACCCGCUCUCGACGGCUACAUCGGUUGUGUGCGGGGUUUGAAAAUCGGAGCGCAGUUGAUCGACUUGGCGGAAAUCAAUGAAAGGAAUAUAGCGCCCAUCCAGGAUGGCGUUCUGCCCAACUGCCAGAUUAAAUGCGAUGCGGAGCCUUGCAAGAAUGGCGGCACCUGCCAGGAGCAUUUCGCUGAGCAGGUCUCGACCUGUGACUGUGAGCACACCAGCUUCCUGGGAGAGUUCUGCUCCGAGGAGAAGGGAGCCGACUUUAGUGGCGAGUCCACGUUGCAGCGCAAAUUCGAACUACUGCCGGGCAUGGGUCGCGUUGACUAUGUCCGCCUGCAGCUGGCCUUCUCAUCCUUCGACCUGCGACGCGCCAACCGCAUUAUGCUGCUGAUGCAGACGGCGGCCGAGCGUAGCUAUUACCUUCUGCUGGCCAUCACCUCCGAUGGCUACCUGCAGCUGGAGGAGGACCGGGACAAUGGGCGCACUGUGGGCGCAAGGAUCGAUAGGAAUUUCCUGAACAGCGCCAGGCACUCGAUCUAUUAUGUAAGAAAUGGCACCCAGGCACAGCUCUAUAUAGAUCGCGAGCAGGUGCCGCUGACGGAGUUUGCCGCUCGUGUCCUGACCACUGGCGGUGAGGCGGGCUCGAAUCGUGUCCAGAUCGGUGGCAUUAACAGCACAGACUCGCGGUUUGCCGUCUUCAAGAGCUACAGCGGCUGUCUGUCGAACAUCUAUAUACAGGUGAAUGGGCAGGUUAUGAAGCCACUCGAGGAGUACAUGCUAUUCACAAAGUCCGGUGCCGACAACAUAACGGUCAUCAAUCCGCAGGGCGUGAGGAGCGCCCAAUGCAACGCCAAAUUCGAUGUGAGCGAGCAGCCGACACAGGAGCCCAUGGUCAACGUUAGCAUGAUCCCAGAGCCUUGGGUGGAGGAGCCGCCCGCCCGUGUCCCUUACAUUCCGAGAUUCGUGUACGAUGAGAACAAGCAGGAGGACUCCACGCAGGUCGUCUUCCUCACGCUGACCAGCGUCUUUGUCAUCAUCGUGAUUUGCUGCCUGCUGGAGGUGUAUCGCAGCCACUUGGCCUACAAGAAGCGCAUUGAGCGGGAAACGGACGAGGACAUCAUCUGGUCCAAGGAGCAGGCAACUAAGAUGCACGAGUCGCCAGGUGUAAAGGCUGGCUUGUUGGGCGGGGUGACGGCGGGAUCGGGUAACGGUCUGCCGCCAUAUACCUAUAAGGCGUUGCCACAGGAGGACAAAAAGCCUGGCAAUGGCGCCCCUUUGGUGGGCAUCUUAAAGAACGGCAGUGCCACGCCUUCUCAGCCUGGAACGCCCACUGCCCUGUCCAAGAACGGAGACAUUGCCUCCCGCAUUGAAGAGGAGGAAGAGGAGGAGGAGCAUACGGCCACCGCGGAGACGGCAGUGGAUAAGGAAGGCGACAAGGUGGAGACGCAAAAGGAGACCCCCUCCAGUGAAGUGAAAGAUGCACUGUCUCAGUCACCUGAGCAGGUGCCGAAGGAUACCACGGAUGCCUCGGCAAAUGCUGAUCCUGCAACAGAGCCUCCCACACCGCUAUCCACCCCACAAAAUGGACUCUUUUCUACAGGAAAUGAUGGCCUGAGUCAGGGAGGAGGGGAUGUACUAGUGGAGGUGCCUAGUCUACCGCAGCAACAUGAAAUUCAAAAGCAGCAACAGCAGCGACAACUGCCGCAAAGAGGAGCCAGCUCCAAGCGACGCAAGCCAGGAUCCGGGGGAAAUGGAGGUCCUGCCGGGACAGCAGCAGCAACAGCAGCAACAGCAGCAGCAGUGGGACCGGCAACAGUGCGGCGACAAGUUUCUUGGGGCCCGCCAAUCGUGGCCGAAACAGAUGUGGACUUGGCCAGCAAUCCAAACUCAAACUCAAACUCGAGCUCCAGCAAUGGUAAUCGCAAGGCGGGCACCAAGCAGAAUGGCUACCAUGGCGUCAAUAGACGGGCCACAACGACCAGGAACUGAUGGAAAGCGAAACGAAUGCACAAAAUUUUUAGCCACAAAAAGAAAUAUGUAUAAAAGCAUAAAUAUUUAGGCGAAUUGAUGGCAAGACAACAACAAAAACCGAGCUGAAUAAACAAGGCACCAGGCAGCCGAGUUGAGAGCCAAAAACAAAAGCAAUUUGUAUAAAUAAAAGACAAAGUCAAAAGUGCGACAGAGACGAAGACAAAACAAAUAAUAUAAAUUGAAAAGAGGCAAGUCCUUGGAUUGUUGUAUAAAGAAAACUGUCGGCCCAUAUUCCUCAAAACUGCGACGGUACGAACUUUCUUUCCUUGCACAUAAAUUUUGAAAUGCAAGCAAUUUGGUUAAAUAUGUCAUGCUCUUGGCUUGGAAUUUAAGACUUUGGUUUAAAUGCAAUUUGAACGAUAAACCAAAAAGGAUACAUUCUUUACAAAACCGAAACUAUGUUUAGAAUUAGUUAGAAAUAAAUCUAUAUAUUUUGAUAAAAUUUAACCAGAAAAAAGCUUUAUGAAUUAAGAAAAAUGUUAGGAUAGCUUAAGAAUUUAUUUGAGAGUAUUUUUUGAUAAAACAAACAAAUACAGUAAAUGAAAUAUAGGACAGGAUAACAUUAUCUUUUCUCAACUCAUAAACUUAAAUUUAAAUUGAUACCUUUUAAAGUUAAGUUGCAAAUUGCUUUUGUACAAUUUUUUUUAAAGCGAAAACUUGCCUCCAUUUUUAGUUUUAAGAAUUGCACAACUUUUAUUCCUUUCUUCACUUUUCCUUGAUAUUUUUUGUUCCCCUUUUUCUUUUUUGUAAAUUUCAUUCUUUUGCUGUGUGAUAUACGAAGGUACGGGCAAUGAAGCCAACUGAGGGAGAAAUGAGAACACAACCUUAACUUGUUUCAUAUUAAACGAUGAGAAAUUA